UUGUCUCCAUGCGAGUUUAGCUCAAAAUGUCUGUUUUGUUGGCUUUUUAGACAUGAUUUUAGACGUGAUUUUAGACAUGAAACGGUGAAUCCUGUCUGGUCUUUCUUCACCGUUUACUUGCAGCGUGUGAGAGAUGUUUAAAAGGUUUCCUCCCGUCGGUGUUUUAUCCUCUCCCCUCAUGGUUGUUUGGAGAAGUUUCCCUGCUCUGCUUCUACUCAUUUACUCCUCCCAAACUUCAGCCAGUCCCUUCGUGGUCACAGUCGAUGUGUCGACGCCACAGAGAGAUCUGAAACACUUCUGGAGGAGUACUGGCUUCUGCCCGCCGCUCCCUCACACCCGGGCCCACCAGUUCGACCUGAGCGUGGACCAGCAGCUCAAUCUGGCCUACGUGGGCUCGGUUCCUCACGGCGGGAUCCGGCAGGUCCGGAUACACUGGAUGUUGGAGCUGGUCACGGCACGAGAUGUUGGAGGAAGAGCCCAGUACAACUUCACUAAACUGGAUGAGCUGAUUGAACUCCUGUGGGUUAAUGGACUUCAACCAGGGUUUGAGCUGAUGGGCAGCGUCUCCAACUAUUUCACCGACUUUGAGGACAAAAUGCAAGUAAUGGAGUGGAGAAAUCUGGUUUAUCUCAUGGCCAAGAGGUACAUUGACAGAUACGGCCUGGGAAGUGUUUCUCAGUGGAACUUUGAGACGUGGAAUGAACCCAACAACCACGACUUUGAUAACAUCACCAUGUCCAUUCAAGGGUUUCUAAACUACUAUGAUGCGUGUUCGGAGGGGCUGCGUGCUGCCAGCGGUCUGCUCCGGUUCGGAGGUCCAGGAGACUCGUGUCAUCCCCCCCCUCACUCCCCGUACUGCUGGGCCGUGCUGCAGCACUGCUACAACGGAACCAACAUCUUCACCGGGGAGACGGGCGUCAGGAUCGACUACAUCGCUCUGCACAAGAAGGGUGGAGGCCACUCCCUACCCAUCCUGCAGCAGGAGAUCCAGACCGUCGGGGAGAUCCAGGAGCGUUUCCCCGGGUUCUGCAGCCUCCCCGUUUACAACGACGAGGCCGAUCCUCUCGUGGGCUGGUCCCGGCCGCAGGAGUGGAGAGCUGACGUGACCUACGCUGCCAUGGUGGUGAAGGUGAUAAAGCAGCAUCAGGAUCUGCUACUGGCAAACCCCAACAACACCGUCAACUACAGCUUGCUGAGCAACGACAACGCCUUCCUCAGCUUCCACCCGCACCCGUUCACCCAGCGCACGCUGACCGCCCGUUUCCAGGUCAACAACACCCGGCCGCCUCACGUCCAGCUCAUCAGGAAGCCGGUGCUCACCGUCAUGGGCCUCCUGGCUCUGCUAGGCGAGACGCAGGUUCUGGCUCAGGUUCUGGGCUCGGUACGGGGCCGUGACGGCACACUGGGUGUUCUGGCCAGCAGCCACGAGCCCGCGGUGCCCGGGGGCUCGGACAGCUGGCAGGCAGCGGUGCUGCUCUACAACAGCGACGACAACAGCACCUCCAACAACACCGACCACGUCACGGUGGUGGUGAAAGGACUGGCUCAACAUGACGGUCUCGUGUAUGUGACGUAUUACAUGGACAAUAAUGUGACGAACCCAUACGAGCUGUGGAGGAGCAUGAGCAACCCCGACUUCCCCACAGCAGAACAGUUCAGGCGCCUCCGGAGCAAAGAGGAUCCUCGUGUGGACGGUCCGUGGGCGGUUCCUGUCGGGGACACGCUGACUCUACGAGCCGACGUCCCAGUCCCUGCCGUCCUGCUCAUCCAUGUCUGUGCCCGGCCCAAGGCAGCGCCGGACCAGGUCACCGGGCUUCGCUUCAUCAGGAUCACCAAAGGCCAAGUGCUCGUCGUCUGGUCCGACCACUGCGUCGAUUCAAGAUGCCUCAAGACUUUUGAAGUGGACUUCUCCACGGACAACAAGGAGUUUCACAGAGUGAAUCCCCAGGACUCAAUUUUCACGUCUUACGUCUAUUCACCAGCGGACCAGGACGUGAGCGGUCGGUACAGAGUCAGAGCCGUGGACUACUGGGGCAGGCCCGGCUCGUACUCGCUCCCUGAGGAGUAUUCAGAAGAGAUCUAGAGCCGGGGACUACUGGGGCAGGCCCGGCUCGUACUGGGGGAGGCCCGGCUCGUACUGGGGGAGACCCGGCUCGUACUGGGGCAGGCCCAGCUCGUACUGGGGCAUGCCCGGCUCGUACUGGGGCAGGCCCGGCUCGUACUGGGGGAGGCCCGGCUCGUACUGGGGGAGACCCGGCUCGUACUGGGGCAGGCCCGGCUCGUUCUCGCUCCCGGAGAAGCAUUCAGAAGAGAUCUAGAGCCGGGCCCAAGCAUUCCCAUUACCAAACAUAAAUGUAUCUGUAUUCAUACAGAUCAAUCAGUGCAUUAAGCACCGGACGUUGUUUUAUUCCAUAUUUCAUACGUCAAGAUGAAUGAAUGAAUGAAUGAAUGAAUGAAUGAAUUUUUAUUUCAAACAUGUAUAUAAAAUGAAAGUAAAAAUAAAAAGAUAUUUACUAUUGUUAUCCUGCGCGUUUAUUAUUAUUCAUUUUCCGGACAAACUUUGGCGCGUAACUAGU